CAAAAUGGCUGCCCCCAGCGAGGCAUGAGUGUGUCAGUGGUGCUGUAAAUUACUGUCAUCCUUCCGUCCUUUCUCCUACAAUGAUACUGUCCCUGAUUUUGAAUAUUCUGCCCCAAACAGCUUUUGUGGCUGGACAGCAAGGAGAUAUGGACAAGUCUACAGAUGCAUGGGAUUUUGCCUAUACACAUCUGAUGUUUUUGUGGCUGAACAGGUUUUACAUCUACUCAUGUGCUGCUAUUGGUAUCACCGUUUGGGUCUGCAGCCAUUUUAUCAUGGCCAGAAAAAAGCACCAGAAUGAAACGGUUUGUAAUGGUUCUCUACUGCUGAAGACAAAGGCCUUAAAAAGUGACAGCCUAACAUCUAACAAGGAGCAAAAAGUGUAUGUUGCCGGUGUGAAGAUUUUCUAUGGCUCUCAGACUGGUACUUCCAAGGGUUUUGCACAUUUACUGGCUGAAGAAGUUGCUCUUCUUGGGCUGCCAGUAGAACUUAUUAAUAUGAAAGAAUAUGAUCCAGAUGACAACUUAGUGGAAGAGACCACCAGUAAAAACAUCUGUGUGUUUCUGGUAGCCACCUAUACUGAUGGAAAGCCACCUGAAAGUGCAGAAUGGUUCUGUAAGUGGCUUGAGGAGGCCUCAAAUGACUUUAGAUUUGGAAAAACCUAUCUUAAAGGAAUGAGAUAUGCAGUAUUUGGACUGGGAAACUCUGUAUACAGCACGCAUUAUAACACGGUGGGAAAGAAUAUUGAUAAAUGGCUGUGGAUGCUGAGUGCCAACCGUGUUAUGACUCGAGCUGAAGGAGAUUGCAAUGUAGUAAAAAGUAAGCAUGGCAGCAUUGAAUCAGACUUCGAAGCAUGGAAAAGAAAGUUCCUGAACAGGUUGAAAGCACUACUCAGUGGGGAGAAGAAGCCCUGCAGUGGCAAGUGCAAGAAAGGCAAAUGCAAGUCUAAAAAGAAAUCCAGCAUAGAGUCUGUGGAGGAAGAGGAAGAGGAAGAGGAAAAGCACUCAGAACAUGAGGACACUGAGGAUGACACUUUUGAGACAAGCAGUGAUUCUGAGCCUGAAGAACAUGGUGAACCAGGAAGCGGCCUCAUUGAUGUUGAAGAUCUUGGAAAGGCAAUGAGCAAUAUGAAGAAAUCCAAGAGAGAGCAUGACUCUAAUACAGAGCUGGGGAAAUCUUUACAAGGUGAUGAAGCCAAGGAGAAGGAAGAACCAAGAGAAAUGAUUACUCCUGCUCUCCAGGAGGCUCUUACUAAACAAGGUUACAGACUGAUUGGAAGUCACUCUGGUGUUAAACUGUGCAGGUGGACAAAGUCUAUGCUGCGUGGAAGAGGAGGCUGCUACAAACAUACCUUCUAUGGCAUUGAAAGUCAUCGCUGCAUGGAAACAACACCAAGCCUUGCGUGUGCUAAUAAAUGUGUCUUCUGCUGGAGGCAUCAUACCAACCCUGUAGGAACUGAAUGGAGGUGGAAGAUGGACCAGCCAGAGAUGAUCUUGGAAGAAGCUAUUUUAAAUCACCAAAACAUGAUCAAGCAGUUUAAAGGUGUUCCUGGUGUGAAACCUGAAAGAUUUGAAGAGGGUCUUGCUGUCAAACACUGUGCCCUGUCUUUGGUUGGGGAACCCAUUAUGUACCCAGAAAUAAAUACAUUUCUCAGGCUUCUUCAUAAUCAACACAUAUCUAGCUUUUUAGUCACAAAUGCUCAGUUCCCUGAAGAAAUACGUUCUCUUGAGCCUGUUACACAGUUGUAUGUCAGUGUGGAUGCGAGCACCAAAGACAGCCUAAAGAAAAUUGAUCGCCCACUGUUCAAGGAUUUCUGGCAACGAUUCAUUGACAGCUUGAAGGCCUUGGCAGAAAAGCAACAGAGGACUGUAUACAGACUGACCCUAGUAAAAGCUUGGAAUGUGGAUGAGCUGAAAGCUUAUGCAGACUUGGUUGCUCUUGGACUGCCAGAUUUCAUUGAGGUGAAGGGGGUUACCUACUGUGGGGAGAGCUCUGCCAGUAAUCUAACAAUGGCAAAUGUUCCAUGGCAUGAAGAGGUGAUUCGUUUUGUUGAAGAGUUAGUAGACCUCCUUCCUGAUUAUGAGGUUGCAUGUGAACAUGAACAUUCCAAUUGCAUGCUCAUUGCUCAUAAAAAGUUCAAGAUUAAUGGCGAAUGGUGCACUUGGAUUGACUAUGAAAGGUUUCAGGAGCUUAUUCAGGCAUUCGGCGAGAGCAAGGGUUCCAGAACAUUUACUGCUUUGGACUAUGUUGCAAAAACUCCCGAAUGGGCUCUAUUUGGUUCCAGAGAGAGAGGCUUUGAUCCUUUGGACAAACGGUUCCAAAGAAAGAAUAAAACAAAGGACAUUUCUGGAUGCUAAAUGAGGAAAACUCUUACAAAUAAAGUAGUCUCUAUUGCUAUAAUGGUAAUUCUGAAUACUUUGGGUGAAAUCAUUGUGAUGUUUAAUACAAUACCCCCUGUCUUUUUUAACCCAGAGCAACUAGUUGGGUACAUAGCACAUUUUAGGUACUGAUUAGCUGCUCUGGGUUCUAUAUGUGGUGCAAACGGGAUUCUUGUUAUACUAUCCACUUAAUGUUGGGUGUCAUAUUAUGUAAGAUAAUGGAUUUCAAAGAAACCAUUGGCAUAGGAGAAAGAUCAGAAACACAAAAUAUAAAAAUGCUUUAAUUGCCGAGUCUGUUGUACUAGUGAUCAUGUUCCCUGGUAUCUGUUGUUUAUUCUAACAUAUUCUGUAUUCUGUUAUAAAAGGCAAAAGUAACCUCCUGGUGGUGUUAAACUAGAACUACCAAAAGCCUGAAAUCUGGAGGGGGUUCAGUGACUUUUAGUUCAACUAAAGACCUGAAAAAAAGUUUUAUGAUUGGAGAACCAAAGGGUCAUGCCUGAAAUUUGCUAAUUUGUGGGAUUUUAAACAUAUAUGUUUUAAUGCACAAAUAAAGACCAAAAAAUGACUUUGCCUUAAAAUGAAAAUUGGCGCACUGUAGAAUUAUUUUGCCUUUUUAAUUUUAUAAAAGAGAUGCAAAAAUCUAAAUUUUUUUGUAAACCUGGAGUCAACCUUUGUUGACUCAACCUUUUGUAAACAUUCUCUCCGUAUAAUGGAUGCUUUAUUUAGGGCUGUAUUAUUAGAUUCCUGUGCUUUAUUUUUCUUGAUGAAAUCUCUGUAUGCAAGCUAUAGGUCAUAAUAACAUUACUAGUUAUAUUUUUUGUUGUUGUGGUGGUGUUUUGUUCUUUAGAGCGGGUUCUGAAAUUUUAAUCAUGAUAAUGUUUUCUUUGUGCCUGUGGACAACUCUUUGAAAGCAUUUAAUUCUUAUUAGCUUACCCUCAGAGAACAGCGUGUGUCAGUGAAACCAAGAAGGGUACAGCAUAAAGUAACUGCCCCCCCUUCCAUUCCUUUCUUUAGGCAGGGAUGGAGACAGUAUUGAACAAUAAAUAUUUUCUUUGUCUGAUUGUAUGUGGACCACCUGUGGUUAUGUAGCAUUUUAGUUCAGACUGGAGAGUAGCAUGGUAUUAGAUAGACUGAAUUGUACUCGCAUAACCAUUUUCCCUGAGCAUUUUUAUUUUAAAUUCUUACUGAUAUGGAAAAUGAAACUUUAAAUAAAGCUAUAAAUUUAAAUUAA